CUCAGUGGCGGCGGUAGCGCUGCAUACCCGAGCUCCCUGCGCCUCGCAGCGACAGUGCGGGCACGGCCCCUCGGCCCCCCGCCAUCAUGUCGAAGCGGCUGAAGACCCCGGAGGUGUGCGCCGACUGCAGCCUGCAGGAUCCUCGCUGGGCAUCUAUUAACAGAGGUGUCUUGAUAUGUGAUGAAUGCUGCAGUGUACAUCGAAGCUUGGGACGGCACAUCUCACAAGUGAGACAUCUUAAGCACACCCCAUGGCCCCCAACCCUUCUGCAGAUGAUCCAGACAUUGUACAGCAAUGGAGCAAAUUCAAUUUGGGAACAUUCUUUGCUGGAUCCUGCAUCUAUACUGAGUGGAAAGCGUAAAGCCAAUCCCCAGGAUAAACUUCAUCCAAAUAAGGCUGAAUUUAUAAGAGCGAAGUAUCAAAUGCUGGCAUUUGUUCACCGAUUACCCUGUCGAGAAGAUGAUAGUGUUACAGCCAAAGACCUUAGCAAGCAACUGCACUCGAGUGUAAGGACUGGCAACCUGGAGACUUGUCUGAGGCUGUUAUCCCUGGGGGCACAGGCUAAUUUUUUUAACCCGGAAAAGGGAAGUACACCUCUUCAUGUGGCAGCUAAAGCAGGACAGAUCCUGCAGGCAGAGCUUCUUGCAGUGUAUGGAGCAGAUCCAGGCACACCAGAUUCUGCUGGUAAAACACCCAUUGACUAUGCAAGGCAAGGUGGCCAUCAUGAAUUAGCUGAUCGUCUUGUGGAAAUUCAACACGAAUUGACCGACAGAUUAGCGUUUUAUUUAUGUGGAAGAAAACCCGACCAUAGAAAUGGACAGCACUUUAUCAUACCACACAUGGCAGACAGCAGUUUAGAUUUAUCAGAACUUGCCAAGGCUGCAAAGAAAAAACUUCAGUCUUUAAGCAAUCACUUAUUCGAAGAAUUGGCCAUGGAUGUAUACGAUGAAGUCGACAGACGAGAAACAGAUGCAGUUUGGCUUGCCACUCAGAAUCACAGCACGCUUGUGACGGAGACCACUGUUGUACCUUUCCUUCCAGUGAACCCGGAGUAUUCCUCAACACGUAACCAGGGAAGGCAGAAAUUAGCCCGAUUUAAUGCUCAUGAAUUUGCAACACUGGUGAUAGACAUUUUAAGUGAUGCCAAAAGAAGACAGCAGGGAAGUCCAGUAUCUGGAUCGAAAGAUAAUGUGGAAUUGGUGUUAAAAAGUAUAAGCAACCAACAUAGUACAGAAAGUCAAGAUAAUGAUCAGCCAGACUAUGACAGUGUGGCCUCAGAUGAAGAAACCGACUUGGAGAAUGCUCCAGCUAGGUCAAAUAGAGAAAAAUCUGGAAGUCUGGAACGUGAGGUGUCUGACGGGACUGUCACAGCGCAAGAUUUUAUGGGUGUAAAAAAUGCCCUGGCUGCAUCUGAAGCUAAAAUUCAACAGCUGAUGAAGGUGAAUAAUAAUCUGAGUGAUGAGCUCCGGAUAAUGCAGAAAAAGCUCCAAACACUGCAAUGUGAAAACACCAACCUCAGGAGACAGGCCACAACAAAUCUAUAUCAGGUCCCUGCUGGGUCAGAAUUUGCAGACCUCACCAACCCACCUUCCCAAAAGAGGCGGCCUUCAGGACGAGGUAGUAGACCCAUGUCUAUGUAUGAGACUGGAUCAGCUCAGAAACCAUACCUCCCACUGGGGGAGGUUUCAUAUCCAGAAGAGGGCAUUAAACGACUACAGCCUUUUCCACCACAUAUUGGGAGGAGUGCUUUUGUGACCUCCUCUUCAUCCCUGCCUUCCUUCCCCUCCACGCUUUCCUGGUCAAGAGAUGAAAGCACGCGAAGGGGGUCAAAGGUAGAAAAACAGUCGUGUGUGCCAGAAAGUGACUAUGAUAAUACUGUCCAUGAUACAGAACUUGAAGAAACAAGUUCAAGUAGAAAAGGAAGGCAGCGAAGUAUACCAUGGCAUGGAGAAGGCUCCAUUCCUGAGAUGGAAGAUCCUGCUGGUGAUGCUAGUGCCACUCUCCCUAGCACUGAAGAUGUCAUAAGGAAAACUGAGCAAAUCACAAAGAACAUUCAGGAACUGCUGAGAGCAGCACAGGAAAACAAGCAUGACAGCUAUUUACCAUGUUCAGAAAGAAUACACAUUGCAGUGACAGAAAUGGCAGCCCUUUUUCCAAAGAAACCCAAGUCAGAUAUGGUAAAGACAUCUCUUCGACUUCUUACAUCCAGUGCUUAUCGACUGCAAACAGAAUGCAAAAAGACUCUGCCGGUGGAACCUAGUCCAAGCACGGAUAUCCAGCUGGUGACACAGCAAGUGAUCCAGUGCGCCUAUGAUAUUGCCAAGGCAGCCAAGCAACUGGUCACCAUCACAACCAAAGAAAAUACAAACUAAAUGACAUUUAGUUCCCUUUUGUUUUACUGAGAGGAGGCUUGACUCCUGAGACUUUUUUGAUACAUAAAAUGGCAGGUUCCUCAAUAUCAGUAUUACUAUUUGCAUGUUUUAUUCUAAAGUAUUUGUUUUGGACUAUUAAUUAACACACUGCCUUAGAUGUAAAACUGCCAGUUCAAACAAUGGUGUGUUAUUUAAUUCAGCAGCAUUGCGUCCUAUAAGUUUUAUCAUCGCUCUGAUUUUAUUCCCUUAAA